UUUCAUGAAAUACUCAAAAAUUUGAUUAAUUCUUAAGAAAAAUACUUGGCUUUCUCUGCUGGAAGGAGCUUGUAUAAUUAAAACACUGCCAGUAGAGGCUCACCUUUCAGAGGCUGGGAAUUGCUGAGGAGAUAGAUGCUUGUGUUAUGGGAACAAGAAGGGCCAGCUGUGCCCCCUGCUUGCAGAAAAUUUGAGCCCUACCAGGGCUAGACAGGAAAGUGGGGAGGUGCAGAGGUCAUCCCCUGCUGCCCACUGCCCCCUUUGUGUAGGGCAGACUGCAGAGGGUUUCUUGGGGCCAGAUGAAUGCUUUCAGGCCUAGAUCACAUAGAGUGGAGUGAAUGGACCACUUAAAACAGCCGUGAGAACCAUGUGGUGCAUGCCUCUGCCAAGAGCUAUGCCUCUGACCUAGCACAGACUCAGUGUGACGUGUGCCACCCUAUGAACUGUGUCUGGGAGCUGCCUACUUUGCACUGUGUGCUCUGCCUGCUCUGCCCGCUCACAGCAGGACCUCCAGCUGGGCCUAGUGGCCAGGAAAGGUGACUGCACAGUAGCCCUGUCUUGUUGUCUGGAAAGGUUUCAGAAAAAUGUGUGCUCAAGCCUUUCCCAUCAGUGCUGCUCAUCUAGCUCUCUCUAACCCCAACCUCUUCAGCACUCAAUGCCAGGGAAUCACUCCCAACCCAGACCGCCUGCUCCUCCUCCUCUUGGCCUCUGGGCCCUGCAUCUGGCACACCCUGCCUGGACACUGCUUCUCUUGGACACACAUUCUAGUCCAUUUUCCCAGACCAACUCUUGUAGGAACUCAGGCCAUCCCUCAGCUGGGCUAGGACUCUUUAAACCAUGCCCCAGCUCUCCCAGCCCCUCCCAUGCUCAUUUUUUCCAGUUGCUGGCCCCAUGUCCCUUCUCCUUGGAUUGGUGUCUUUUCCUGUAAGGGAGUUCUCCAUGUUUCUCCCUAGGUUUACCACCCACUUCCUGCAGCUGCUCUCCCAGCCUGGACCUGAGUUUGCCUCACUUUUCAACAGGUGCUCUUAAGUCAUGAGAUGCUGUGGUCUCAAAAUCAAGCCUGCGUCAGAAUCAUCCUGGCUCCUUAUCAGUAUGUUGAAUCCCAAGCCUCACCCCUGCACCCAAGAGGCCUGAGGAGACGAAGGUGAGCCUGUGAAUUGGCAUGUUUAAUAAAUAACACUCCAACACCCACCCACCUGCUGGCAGUCACAGGCAGAUGGCCCAAGGAUCCUCUUGAAGAAUACCAUGCAGCAGCCAGUCCUCCAGUGGGAAGCCUGAAGCCUCUUUUCUGCCAUGGUCUGGCAUAUGGAGGUUUACUGAACACUUCAUGAGAGAACGGAUGACAGUAGAUAAGGAUGACGUAGGAGUGUUCUGCCUACUCAGGAGAUAAAGGAAGAUUAAACUCAUUAGAUGCCCCUCACUGAAAACCCCAAUAAGGAGAGGCACAGAAGCUUCCAGAUUAAGAAAUAAUCAUGUAUAGUCGUUUAAUAAUCAUUAGAAAAAUUACUAUGUGUGAGAUUUUAAAAGUUUUAAGUGGCAGCCCAGUGACCAAUCUAGCCUGGCAAACUUUUUGUUUUGCAAACAGUGCUUCAACAAGAUCUGAUCUAACAUUUUAAAUUUGAGAGAUUUCACAUAAAAAUCCAGACUUUUUGCCUGUCUUGGGAAAGUUAGGAGUCCUGGCAGUAAUGGGCCUGCAUUUCACUUGUGGCAGUUAUUGGCUGGAGCUGCCACCACCGCAUGCUUAGGAUGCAGUAAGCUCCAUCCAGUUUGCUGCAGUCCCCAGCACUCCCAUGAAGUGUGGACGGGGGCACGCACAGCUGGUAUUACAGGACCUGGGGACUUGGCUGGCUCCUGGAGGGGUCUGUGACUUCAGAUAUAUGAACACUGACCCUGGGGGUAAUUUUUGUCCCAUUUGUUUUUCUAACUUACAGAAUUAUCCCCAUCUUACAACAAAGAAGGUCAGAGGGGUGCCAUGAACCUAAUAGCUACUGGGCUGAGAUUCAAACCCAGGCCUGCCUGGAAGCCUGGGCUUUUAAUUCUCAGCCAGAUUGUCUCACUGCAUCACUUCCCACCCAUUCAUCCAGAACAACUCUCCCUCAAAGUGUCCCCUGCAUGCAUGCUUUGCCUGAAGGACACUGUGACUUCCUUGUUACGUCACAGCUCAGUCACAAUUGGGCUGAGAGCAGAGCAUGGCCCAGCCUGCCAGGUCCCCUGGGGCAGCCCUGCCAGCCAAGCCCAGGCUGGCCCGGCAUAGCCACACAUGCACCAUGAAGUACCCUUUGGUGACACUGGUGAACGACUUCACAUUUUCUUUCCUGGGUUUCUGGUUCUGCCUCCCUGUGGGUUUGCUGUUGUUAUUGAUCAUCUGGCUACGCUUCUUACUUAGCCAAGAUUCAGAGGAAAAUGACUCCAAUGUAUGCUUGGAUUGGGAGCCCUGGAGCCAAGGCCCGGCCGAGUUUUGCUGGAAGGGGACACUCCACGGCCAAGAGAAGGAGAGGCCCUGCUGGUGAGCCUGCUGUGCCAGGGGAGGCCCUUCCAGGGGCCAGGGGGAGCCUCAGGGCCCACCCAAAGCCUUGGGCAGCUGCUAUGUGGGCAAGAGGCUGUCUCUACCAUAUUGGAGGUAUGCUCCCUGGCCAUGCUGGACAACGGACUCUCUCCAGCAUGUGACAGCCUUCUGCCUCAUUGUGGGGGACACCUGGUGUUGCCCCAUUGGAGGACCAGCCCCCCUGUGCCACAAGAGGCCUUUACAAAGGUCCCCUACCCUUUACCCUAGGGCCUCACCACCCACCACUCUCCUGACGGUCUUCUGCCAGCUGUUCCCUCAUUCCUCUCUGCGGGGCACUCCCUCACCUCUGAGGGCUUGCUCCAAUGUCACUUUUUCAGUAGGGCUCCCCUGGCUGCCCUGUUCGAUACUGAAGCCCCACCCUGUCCUCUGUGUCGUUCUCCUUACCCUACUCUGCUUUCCUUUCCCCGUAGUACUUACCACCUUCUAACACGUUCGAUCGUGGCUGCAUCCAAAGCCCCAAAACACUGCCCAACACACACUGGAGGCUCAAUACAUAUUUGUAGAAGGGAUGGCAUGAUAUUGUUAUUGUUAUAAUGGCUGAUAUUCC